UUUUUACGGCUUCCAGUCUACGACUUCGAGUUUCCAGUGUCGCUCAUACGAGUCACUCGUUUGUUAUCGCGCCGUUGCUACGAUACUGUGUUUCGUGUAUGUACAGUUCGCGGUUCGCGCUUUCUAGUGCGUUAGUAUGGUUUAACGGUGAAGUUAUUUGGCUGCGAUAAUUUUACGUUGCUGUGUCGUGUACAUUUUGAAAUAAUAUUCGCGAUUAUUGGUGUCUGUUGUGCCGUCGAAUGAUCGUUUUUUCGCCAUGAUUUGGCCAUUGUGUAGUGUAAUCUUGGUGUUAGUUUCGUACUGUGCGGGAUGCCCGACCGAGUGUUCGUGCAAAUGGAAAAGUGGUAAAAAAACAGUCGAGUGUUCGGAUCGUGGUCUGAUUACCAUUCCGAAUGGUAUCGAAAAAGAAACCCAAGUGCUCGAUAUAUCCGGCAAUGAUUUGCAAAGUUUACAUCGCGAAACGUUUCAAAGAUCCGGGUUGAUGGAUCUGCAGAAAAUGUACAUGAGAUCGUGCCAUCUCGGUCAAAUCGAUCGGUACGCGUUUCGUGGGCUGGCGAAUUUGAUCGAAAUCGAUUUAUCCGAUAAUUUACUCACCCAUAUACCGUCUCUGGCAUUCGAGGAUAUUCCUUUCUUGAGGAAUAUCAGUUUAGCUCAUAAUCCUAUCCAGAAAGUUGAACCGUUUUCGUUCGGGUUUGUGCCGAAUCUCAUUCGUUUGGAUUUAUCUCAUUGUGAUAUUCAAUCAGUGCGUUCUAAAGCGUUCGAUAAACUUUCAAACUUGGAGUACUUGAAGCUGAACGGUAAUCAAUUGCAAGAUCUACACGUCGAUACACUGGAGGAUUUGGUCAAAUUGAAAUCCAUCGAACUGGAUGGCAAUAGGUGGCGUUGUGAUUGUCAUUUGAGAGCUGUCAAAACGUUGAUCGAUGAUCGCAAAAUCAACAUCCCAACGCCCAUAUUGUGUUCCGGUGGUCCCGAACGUAUCAAAGAUAAAUCGCUGGCUGAACUAGAUUCCGCCGAUUUCGCAUGCCGUCCUUCGAUUAAAACCGAUAUCCGUUACGUCGAAUCAGUCAUCGGCGAUAAUGUCACCAUCGAAUGCAGAGUCGAAUCCGAUCCAGUCGCUACGAUCAGUUGGUACUUCGGCAGCAGCCACAUCCUUCCGAAUAACACCGGUUUCGAUAGUUCUCAGCGUAUAUUCAUCAUCGACUCCGAAGACGACAUAUACGAUAAACGCAGCAAACUAGUUAUGAAAAAAGUCGAAGAAAAAGAUGCCGGAGAAUACCAUUGCGUUGCUGAAAAUCGAGCCGGUAACGACGAAGCCAAUUUCACCGUUUACGUGUUACCUCCUCCCAGCAGCAUCGUAUCGUUGAGUUCGACCAACAUCAACGCCAUCACCGUCGGUCUAGGAGUUCUGAUUUUAUUCAUGUUGAUCGUUAUUUUAUUAUUAGUGAAGAAAAUUCGACUAUCGUCGUACGGUGGAGGUUCGAAGGAUACUUCGCAGAAUGUCAAAUCACCGCCGGAAAAGAACUCGAUGGAGACGUCCUCGCAGAAAAGUCACGACUCGGAGAUAAAAUCCGAAUCCGGUAAAGCGUUCACCGUCACUUCUGAUUUAUCGUACAGUCGCAGUCUCAGCGAUAUCGGUAACCCUGCUUUCUCGAAUCCUGACCUUAUUAGCGGUACCAACGUACGUGACUCAACUUGCAUUACGCCGCUUCCAAUUACCAGACCGAUCAGCGACUAUUGUCAAAAUUGGCAAAAAUCUUACGCCAUGCCGAGAGCCGCCAGCUCAUCAGGGUUCAAUUACGAUAUCCACGAUCGUAUGCCCAUCAUCGUUGAUACCGUUAGCGCCGGCUCAGGCAGCGACGAUGUUUUUACCCAUAGUAGUCGUAUGUCCAACGAUUACCCGCCGGACUACGGUUUACCAAUUUUGCCCGAAAAUGGUAUUAGUCAGCCUUGCGCCAAAACGUUGAAAGUAUGGCAACGAGGUGUACCGGUGUAUCCGCCGAUGUGUUCCGGUCCUCCGCCGGUUCCGCCGCCAGCAUUUCAAACCAUGCCACAUUCCAGGAAUUCGCCUGCCGACAGAAGGUAUCAAAGAUGCGGUACUGAUGUUUAAAACUUAUACUUUAUUCAAAUAUUUCCUCAUAUAUUUUUUAUGAUUUUUUUUUCUUUUCGUUUUACGUAAACGAGGCUGUGAGUAGGUUAAUCUAUUUAUGUAAAUACGCAUGUUUUUUUCUUCUGUUCGUGUAUAUAGGUUUUUUCAUUUCCCUUUUUUUCUUUUUGAAAAACGCUAUGGCGAUAUUACGCGAGGUUCGUAAAAACCUUAUUUUUUAUGGUGAAUACCAAUCACGGAAGCUUUUUUGUUAUGUGCACCGAUAUAUACGGGCGAAUUUACGUGUAACUAUAAAUUCAGUCAAAUUGUAGUCUUCUCUCGUUUCCCUUCCCAAGCUACGUUUGUAAUAUAGAAUUCACCUAUCGAAAUCAAAAUCCCCCUUGUUAUGUUAUUUCGUUGAUCUGUUUUAUUUUAUAAGAGAAUAUUUAUACUCACUUCGAGUUCGGAGUCGCGGCCAUUUCAUCCGAAACACAUGUGGCAAUCCAAUAGGUACGAAUCUGCAAAUUGACCUUAUAGUAGUUAGAAAGUUAAACAUAAUUUUUCCGCGUUUUCGACCCUAAUUCGAGCGCCAACACUUUCUACACAAUUAAUCGCGCAAUUAAAUUCGUAAAUAACCCUAUUUCAAGGUUAACAGACCAUAUCGACUAUAAAUUGAGAGCGCGUAAUAUUUGUUAAUCGAAAAUGACUAAUCAAUUAGGAUACCAUACUUACUCACAAUCGUUUUGUUACAAAGAAGCAUCACGAAUUAUUUAGUACCUACAUUCGUAGAAAGUCGAUGAUCAUGUAUGGAUUACUCUUUGGUCAACGUGUGUUUUCGAAGUGUUGAAUUCAUAAUCUGUUCCAUUUUCUGCAUUUAUGGCAUUUAAUGCUGAUUUAAUCAACUUUUACUUUAGAUUUGAACCGGUUUUGUUUCGUUUUUGAUGUUUUGAUAAAAAAUGAUAAGUUUUGAAGAGUUUGCAGUGUUGCCACAUUUAAGAUGUUUGUGAAAAAUAAUCAAGGCGUGCAGUUCUGCAAAAUGGCAGAUAGAAUUUUAAAUUUUAAUUCUUUGAAAACUCCAAAAGUCAGAAAUAGACUUCACUGCUUCACUGAGAUGAGAUGAUUAAAAUGAAAUUCUGAUUCAUCAACCACCCACUGGGUGUUAAUAUCAUUCUGAUUAUUGUUCAAAAAUGACCAAAUUUUCUGGCCUUGUUAGUACACAUGCAAAAUCGAGCACCCCAAAAGACAGUCCUUCCUUUGUUUAAAAAUGUGAUUAGUAGAAUAUUAUCAAUUAUCAUCAACAAACCAUGUGUUAUUAUUUCUACUGUUCGCUAUGACCAACCUUAAUAUCUUAACUCAAAAUUUGUUUGCAAGUCUGCAAGAGCUCGAUAUGUCUGUCUGCAAACCACAAACACUUUGAAUUUUGAUUUCUUAUAUUCGUAUCUAAAUUACCUGGUCUUGAACUUGAACGGACCUACAUAUACUACAUAAUAUAGGUACUUUCCAUUAAUCAGAAAAUUCAAGCUAUUGAUUCAUCAUCUGUGAGCUUGAAAAAUCACAAUUAUACUUACCUUAUAUAGCUUUGACAUUUUGAAGAAAUUUAGAUUUCAUUUUCAUCAUUUUAUCUCGCUCUUUUUUUUCAUAAGUACUAAUUGUCUAUCAAGAAUUUGGAACAGAUUAUAAUGUGUAAUUCGCAGUGAUUUCGAACUCCUCAAAUUUUGACUUAUUAAUAUUAUCUAUCAUUCGUUUUCAAUUUUAUUUUAUUUUCUCAGAUAGGUAAUUCAAUUUUUAAUCAUUUAUUAUACCAAAUUUUGUUUGUAAUUCAAACCCACCAUACCUACUUUAUCGCAGCUAAGAGUAUUUGAUAUUGGAGUUUUUUUAAAAAAAAUAAAAUUUCAUCUUUGAAAUAGAAUUCCUUUUAAAUGUACAAUCUAGUUAUAAGUUUAAGUCAUGUCGAGAAAGUUUCGCUGUUACUAUAAAUUCAAUCUAUAGCUCGCUCAAAAUGUAUUAUCUGUACUGCCGGAGAAACUGAUUUACUAAAAGUUCGUCUUGUCAUUCUGCUGAUCAGGUAUAAUUAGGGAGGUUCCCCUUACAUGCUUGUUCAUUAAUUGACAAACGUUGUAAAUGAUGUUUAUUUAAAUUUUCAAGUUAGCAUAUUAAAUUUACAUCGUAAAACGUUUUAACAGCGAUAAAAAAACGUGUUAAAACAUAAACAUAUUUGCUGCUAUGUCAACAACGUGAAUUUUUAAAAUAAAUUUGUACAUGUUGGACAUGUACUGACUUGGUGUUAUAGCUUGAAAACAGGGUUUUUCUAUACAUUGUUACGUAGGUCUGGGUACAAAAACAAAAGAAAAAGAAAGAAAACUCACAAUUUUAUUUCAAAUCAUCGCAAAUAACGCUCACCACUUAGAAAUCGUCAAAAUUUAAUAUGAUGUUGAAAGUGAAACAAUUGUUUUGUCAUUUCUACAAACUAUGCAAGCAUUCAUUGUGAAAAAAUGAGCAAUCAGAGAAAUUGUAAUGAUGUAAAUAAAUGAGGGUAUUGUUAGGAUCUUUUUAUUGUUACAAUAUUCGAAAUGAUCAUCAUUACGUAUUUCGUUAUCGGCAUUAUAAGUACGAUGUUUUGACAGUUUAGUAAGUACAUACUACUGUAGUGUAAACUAAAUACAAGCAUUUAAUUGUGCAAAAUUUCUGAUUUAUGUUGACGAAAAAAUUGCUGCUGAAACGUGAUGUAGUAAUUUUUGAGGCAACUGGUAUCUUACCUUCAAUGUUGAGUAACUUGACUGCAGAACUUUGUUUUUUAUUUCCUUUAUAGACCGUAUCCGUACAUAGGCUACGGUAGUAUUCUACCUACUUAUUGAAACCAGAAGUUUAAAAUUCAUGAUCAAAUAUGUAUUAAAACCUUGAAAUUGAAUAUGCUGUUUGAAAAUAUAACGCGGAUAAAGUUGUAUCGAUAAUUAUAAAUUCUUUUUAGGUAUUUUGACUAUACGAAGAAAAGCGUUGUUCUUGGCAUCGCUGCAAUUAUUCAACAAAAUAUCGAUACUUAAUCAUCUGUACAUAUUUGUUCAUUAGUCUUGGAUAACUUAAUCUAAAAUUCGUUGAGAAAAUUAAACAAUGACGAAUUAUAAUCGUCACAUUCCCGUCGAAAUUAUCGAUUCUGUCAGCUAAAAUGCAAUACAUGUAGUCAGAAUACGCAGUAUACUUACGUACCUACCUACUCAAAUAUGUGUAUAUAAAUAAAUAGUCGAUAACUCGAUGGUACAUGAAAACAUUCCAGUUUGUAAUAACGACCAUAUUUUGUCGAACGCCGAUACAAAAUUCAAUCAAGCGUCCAAAUCAAAUACUAUGUAUUCUUGUUGAGCAAUCCUAUCAGAGAAAUUUUUCAAGCCAACUUUGUAAAGUAUAAUUACAGUCGUAAGUCAUGAAUUCAUCAUUAAAUCAUAAUUUAUUGGAAUCUAAAUUACGAAAUGAGCUAGGGCGCCGUUUACAUCUCUCCCGGUCAAUCCGGACAGUAAAUAAUACCUCGGGCGAGCUAAAAAUAGGUAUUUUUUUCAUAUUAUUUCAAAAACAGUACGAAUCUAUAUAGUCGAAACAUGCGAUAGUUUAUGUAACGAGUCUCUCAUUCAGUUGUUUAAGGAUAAUACCUGUCUACUUUUACCCUAAAUUCGCGUAAAAGUUCAUUUUUAAUUUUCUAGUCAGCAUUAUUAUUCUUAAGCAACUGAUUUUAGUUUUAAUUUAGUCGUAUAAGUUGAAUGAUCCGGGCGUAUAUAAACCAAGUUCCUCCUCUUGAGAGAAUUCAUUUGGAUGUAAAUUUUUUUCCUUUUUUUUUUUCAUCUGCAUAAGUAAAUUCCACAAUUACGUUGAAACUCUCGCGCAAUCGAAAUGGUUAUCAUUCCAUAAAUAUAGUGGUUAAUUAAAUUGUAUUUUUUCACAUACACACUCUUUGUAAUUAUGAAAAUGCAGCGCUACGCGUAAUUGAAAUUUUUAAUAUUGUAAUGGAAAAUUUCAUUAUAUUGAUCGUUGUGUAAUGUAUUAUUACUUAAAUUAACGACAAUUUAACUCACUGAACCAGUUAAUUUUGGUCGGUAUCUUUAUUGAAAUAUACAUACGCAACUUUGUAUAACGUUAUUUGGAAAGAUAACCUCGAUGUUCCGUUAGUUUUGUUGUAAUUGUUUGGAAACAAUGAAAUUUAACAUCUAAGAAAGUAUGUAAUUUUUGUAUUUCCGUUUUGUUAUGUGUAUUCUUUUUUUUCUCAAUUUUUGUCCUCUUUACGUGUUUUUUUUUGUGUAUUUUUAUAGCUAUGUAAACAAAACAAAAUAAAUUCUUAGAAGUUUCGUAUAAUCUUA